UAAAAUCAAGGUGAACUCUGGAAUUGGGGGUCCAGCCAGUGAAGAAUGGGCAAGCCGACAAUGGAGAGGACAAUUCUUGAAUCCUGAUGAUAAGAGUUUCAACGAGCUGCUUCCGAAUAUUUCCAUGGAUAAAAGCAAUUAGCAUGAUCCGCAGAAACAGUUAGGUCAACCUGCAGAUUUAAUGGAAGAGUCGGGGAUAAAUCAAAGUCAAGGCAAUCAGACUGCUGCAGCAACGCAGUUGUUGGCAACUGCCACUGGGGAUCCUGAUUCACAAAGAGAUAUUGGAGAAGAUAGUGAUGAAGCACGGCGUGACAAAAAGAGAAAGAACGAUAAAAGAUACAGAGACAAACAAAGGGAUAGAAGACAGGCACUGGAGGAUGAAAAUGAUCGAUUAAAGCAAGAAAUUCAGCAAAAAGAUAAACAGGAGCAGCGGAUGAAGUCCAAGCUUGAGGUAGUUGAGGCUGAAAAUGCGAGAUUGAAGUGUGAAUUAGAAGAAAAGAAACAGCUAACCAACUCUUUGCUGGACGUGAUUGGGAUUGUAAAUCAACAACAAAUGUCUAUUACUAAUAUGCAACCACUUCUGACCCAAAUUAAACUGGUAGUGGAUGGAUUUGCCUCAAAGGUGGAUGAGCUUCAACAAAAUAUAACUCAACGUUCAGGCACACCUCUUUAUGCACAGCCAUGGCAGCCGCAACACAAUAUAUCGAUAAGUCAAGUCUCUCAGGCUGCUACAUCAACAAUAACGCUGACUCAGCCAGAAGGCACAAGUGGAAUGCAGCAAGCAUUUCAAUUCCCGGGAACAUUCACUGAGGAUUCUCAUGGAUUACCAGAUUUCUUGCUGCAGGAACAAUUAGGCCAAACUGCACAAACAAACGAUGUGUCACCAGAGUUCGGUUUACAUCAGGGACAAGGCAGAAACACAGCAGUCGAAUCGCAGCCAUUGACGGAGGGACUAUCAGAUCAAGAUGCUGAACUGGAAGAAUUUUUCUCAUCCUUCUUUCGACCAAAAAAUACUCCUUGUUGUUUUGAGGAAAGAGGAAGCCGUGUAGUUGCUGCAUCACUUGUGGCUGAAAAUGGUCCAUUAAAGCCUGAAAUUCUAGAAAUACAAGAGCUAUGUCACGAGGACCAGCAGAUGAAGUCCAAUAUAGAGGCAUUUGAGGCUGAAAAUAAGAGGUUGAAGCAUGAAAUUAAAGAAAAAGAACGACAAAUGAAGUUCAACCUAAGGGCGUUUUUGGUUGAUUAUGGGAUAUUUGAGCAUUCAAUGGAAAACAAGAAAAUCCGAGCGUUAAUGUUAAAAAGUAACAAUUGGACAUUAGAAUGGAAAAUUGAAGAAAAGGAAAGGCUUAUGAAGUCCAAUAUGGAGGCAUUUGAGGCUGAAAAAGACAGAUUGAAACUAGAAAUUGGAGAAAAGGAACAACCAAUGAAGUCCAAUCUGGAGGCAUUUGAGGCCCAAAACGAGAGAUUGAAGCGCGAAAUAGAUGUAAAGAAGCAGCUAAUGAAGUCCAAUCUGGAGGCAUUUGAGGCUCAAAGUAGGGGACUGGAACAUGAAAUUCAGGCAAAAGGGCAACUAGUGAAGUCCAAUUUGGAGACACUUGAGGUUCAAAUUAGACAGCUAGUCGAUGAAUUCGAAUAUCUAAAUGUAGCCAAUGUCUCAGUGAAUAGAAGCACGCAAACUCAGUCGGGGAGCUAGCUCACCUUCGAAAUAAAUUUUGAUAAAUUCAAGCUGAACUAACAAAAAGGUAACCGUGCCUGAAUUUUUAUUUGCUCUAAUUCCACUGUUAGAAACUAACCGUUUUGGUUUUUGCAGCAGAGAACAAAAAGGAAAUGCAGAAUAUCCUCAACUGGAGAGCUCAAGGCCUCUCCACCAUCAGUCAAACUAUUGCAAUGGCUCCAGUUCUGAAGAUUGUUCCAUGUUUUAUCUCAGUUGUUAUUCAUUUCCAGUCUCUUCGCUCUGUUUUUAGAUCUAGGUGCCUUCUGGUUUGUUGUAAGAACUCUUAAAUCGUAUUUAAGAGUCUUAAGAAAUGUAAGGGGUCCUCCUGAAGGUAUGCUUCAAGAGUAUAGUUUAAAUAGUGUUGUCUUGUCUUGUAUUAAGUAAGCCAAUCAAUUGAGUUAAAAGGUACCAUUUACAAGGAAUUGCCUAUCAUAUUUUAGGCCUGUAUCUCCUUGUUUUACUUCUAUGGAUACCUGUCUUAAGAAAUGUAAGGGGUCCUCCUGAAGGUAUGCUUCAAGAGUAUAGUUUAAAUAGUGUUGUCUUGUCUUGUAUUAAGUAAGCCAAUCAAUUGAGUUAAAAGGUACCAUUUACAAGGAAUUGCCUAUCAUAUUUUAGGCCUGUAUCUCCUUGUUUUACUUCUAUGGAUACCUGGUUAAUUAUGUUGUUCCUCGAGCAUUCUCCUCCAUCUCCACAUCACGUCAUUGUUAUGCCUCGGUCACAAAAUCAAGUAAAUUAUAAUUA